AUGAACAUUGCAGCCUCCCUCAUGUCCCGGACACCGCUCAGCAUCACCGUGCCGUUGGCGAGCCUCCUGAGCAUACCCCGUGAGGGCGAUCGCCGUUAUCUUUUGAGAUACGUGUACCUUUCCUCCGUGAUCCUUCUCGCCAAAGUUCUAGACUUGAUCUACACGCAGCCUGGGAAGCCGCGGAGCGAGCAUUCUCAAGCAUUCACGGAUUCUGUCUUCCAAGAGUAUCCUUUGCCUAGUGAGAGUUGGACAAGUUUGUGGCACCAAUGUCAAGACUGGUAUCGCGAUCGACCCGUGGAAAUGCAGCCGACAAUGUCUGUAAAUAUCCUGGAAGCUACGCGCAUCAGCCGCAACGAGAGCUGUCAUCUUCCUAUCCUUAUCUUCUCUUUGCCCUUGGCGGUGGUAGCAAACGUCGCCUACCAUACGGCUUGCUUCUUUCUCACGAUUCGCAAGCCGCGGCUGUGCCGAGUCGCCGACGACGGAAGCCAGGUAGCUUCCUCUACCAGGCAUAUCCAAUGCAUUGCUGGUAUCGCGACUAGCAAUGAUUAUCCAGGCCAAUGGGAGCCUAUUUUCAUCGCGGCGUUGUUCAGGAGUGCACGAAAGCUGACACACGAAUCGCAACACGAGGCGGUUCUCCAGGUUUUCCAGAAAGUGACGGCGGCCACGGGAAUUCGCUUGGAAAAGGAGACGCAGGAGCUGCGGGAUAUACAACGAGCUUCGCAAAAAAAAGAGUAA